AUGAUCAAAGACAUCAAGGAGAUGGUCCCUCUUAUGGGGACCAAGAAGCCAAAUCCUCAGGAGACUCCGCCAGCGGCCGGCCACAACAAGAGGGCAGCAGAAGAUACCCCCACCAAGAAGAGUUCCCAUUUUUUUCUGGAGAUCGAAGCCUUCGAGAGCAACGUAUCGCCAAGCCGGACGUCUCCCCCCAUCUUCUCCAAGCCAAUGGACUCCAACAUCCGCCCAUGUGCUUCCGCCAACUGUGAGGAUAUGGAUUCCCCUCAGUCAAUCCAGGAUGACAUCACGGAAUACACCCCAAAUGCUGAGAGUUGUUGCAUCAACUCAACCCAAAAUUGUCAGCCGAAUUCUCGUCGUAAGAAGCUGAAAAAAUAUCUCUUCCGGGCGGUUUCGGAAGGAAAUCUGGACGACUUACAGAGCGUUCUGGCAGAAAUGAAGGACCGGUCACACAGGUGCCAAAAUCUGACCGUCAAAGAAUAUCUGAUGAAUAAAAUGACCUCUUCAGACACCGGGAAGACCUGCCUAAUGAAAGCUCUGCUGAACAUCAACCAGAACACCAAGGAAAUUGUGAAGAUGCUGCUGUCGUUUGCAGAAGAAAACCAAAUCCUCGAAAAACUCAUUAACGCGUCCUACACGGAGGAAGCCUAUAGAGGACAAACAGCUCUAAACAUUGCCAUCGAGAGGCGUCAGUACGACAUCACUCAGACCCUGAUCGAGAAAGGCGCGGACGUCAACGCCCAUGCCCAGGGCGUGUUCUUUAAUCCCAAACGCAAACAUGAAGGGUUUUAUUUUGGCGAGACUCCUCUGGCGUUAGCCGCCUGCACCAACCAGCCAGACAUCGUCCAGCUCUUGAUGGAGAACAGUAAGACGGACAUCAUGUCUCAGGAUGCCCGCGGGAACAAUAUCCUCCACGCCUUGGUGACCGUGGCGGAAGACUUUAAGACCCAAAACGACUUUGUCCGGCGGAUGUACGACGCCAUCCUCUUGAAAAGCAGAAGCCGGGAUUUGGAGACAAUGAAGAAUAAAGACGGUUUAACGCCUCUGCAGCUGGCAGCCAAAACAGGGAAGUUAGAGAUUCUGAAGUACAUUCUCAGCAGAGAAAUCAAGGAAAAACCCAUCCGUAGCCUUUCCAGGAAGUUCACCGACUGGGCUUAUGGCCCCGUCCAGUCCUCUCUUUAUGACCUCACAGAAUUGGACACCACUUCAGAAAACUCAUUACUGGAUAUCAUUGUCUAUAAUGCAAAUAUUGGGAAUCGUCACGAAAUGCUGGCUCUGGAACCGCUUCAUUCCUUACUCCGGAUGAAGUGGAAAAGAUUCGCCCGGCACCUCUUCUUCCUCUCCUGCUGCCUGUACUUCAUCUACAACCUCAUCUUGACGUUGAUCUCCUACUACAGGCCUCACACGAAGCAGCCUCCCCCAUACCCUCUGGCGCUGAUCGGAGAACUGAAUUGGCUGCAGUUGGCGGGACAAGCCAUGGUUAUUUUGGGAGCCGUGUUUAUUGCUAUUAAAGAGAGUGUAGCCAUAUUCUUGCUACGGCCUUCCGAUCUGCAAACGAUCCUCUCGGACGCCUGGUUCCAUUUUGCCUUGACAGUCAUUUUGCACGAUGUGAUCAAGUUUAUCGCCGUCUAUCUGGUGUUUUUGUUUGGAUUUGGCGUAGCUCUUGCGGCCUUGGUGGACUCUUGUCCCGAAGACAGCAAAUGCAAUGAGUACAGCGUCUUGGGAAGCAUCGAGGUCGACUUAUUCAUGCUGACCUUGGGCCUCGGCGAGCUGGACGUCCCGAAAAACGCCAAGUACCCCAUCCUGUUCCUCCUCCUCCUCAUCUCCUUCGUCAUCCUGACCUUUGUCUUGCUCCUCAACAUGCUGAUCGCCUUGAUGGGAGAAACGGUGGAGGACAUCUCCAAAGAGAGCGAGCACAUCUGGAGGCUGCAGAGAGCCAGGACGAUUGUGGAGAUCGAAAAACUCCUCCCCAAGUUCCUGAGGAGGAAAUUUGAACUCGGGGAAUGGUGCAAAGUGGCCGACAACGACACCCGGUUGUGUUUAAGAAUCAACGAAGUCAAAUGGACGGAGUGGAAAACCCACGUGGCCUUUAUCAAUGAGGAUCCAGGAACAGAGUGCAGCAGAAUGCAAGACACCUCCAGGAAUAACAGCAAAACCACUCUGAACGCCUAUGAAGAAAUUUACGAUUUGCCAGAAACUACGGUUUAA